CGCCGACUUCACGGCCAUGGAUAGCCCAGACACCACCGUCCAGCUCACCGGCGGCGGCGGGCGCGUGCUGCUGCUGCCGUUCCCGGGGAUGCAGGGCCACGCCAACCCGAUGCUGCAGCUCGGCCGCCGCCUCGCCUACCACGGCCUCCGCCCCACGCUCGUCCUCACCCGCCACGUCCUCUCCACCACCGCUCCCAAAGACUGCCCAUUCCCCGUGGCCGCCAUCUCAGACGGUUUCGACGCCGGCGGGAUCGCCUCCUGCCCCGACACCGCGGAGUACCUGCGCCGGAUGGAGGCCGCCGGGUCGGACACGCUGGCGCGGCUCCUGCUCGCCGACGACGACGUGCGCGUGCGCGUGCUCGUGUACGACUCGCACUUGCCCUGGGCACGGCGGGUGGCGCGGGAAGCCGGCGUGGCCGCGGCCGCGUUCAUGACGCAGAUGUGCGCGGUGGACGUGGUCUACGGCGAGGCGCGCGCGGGGCGGGUCGCGCUGCCGCUGGCGGACGGGAGCGCGCUGCGUCGCCGGGGUGUGCUCAGCGUGGACCUUGGGCCCGAGGACGUGCCGCCGUUCGUGGCCAAGCCGGAGUGGUACCCGGCGUUCACGGACUCAGCUCUCGGGCAGUUCGACGAGCUGGACCAGGCCGACGACGUGCUCGUCAACUCCUUCCGCGACCUGGAACCCACGGAGGCAGAUUACAUGGAGUCAAGAUGGCGCGCAAGGACCGUCGGCCCGACAUUGCCAUCGUUCUACCUAGACGAUGAUCGUCUGCCAUUGAACAAGUCCUACGGUUUCAACCUCGUCUCCAGCACUGCUCCAUGCAUGGCAUGGCUAGACAACCAGGCUCCUUGUUCCGUGGUCCUUGCAUCCUAUGGCACGGUCGCUAACCUCAACACGGCACAAAUAGAAGAGCUAGGCUAUGGAUUGUGCAAUUCUGCACAACCUUUCCUUUGGGUGUUGAGGUCUGAAGAAGCAGAAAAGUUGCCCGAAGAACUUCGUGGCCAAUGCAACAUGAAAGGCCUAAUUGUUUCUUUUUGCCCUCAGCUGGAGGUAUUGGCCCAUAGAGCCACAGGCUGUUUCUUGAUGCAUUGUGGAUGGAACUCAACAACCGAAGCAAUUGUCACCGGUGUACCCAUGGUGGCAAUACCACAGUGGGCAGACCAACCGACAACCGCAAAGUAUGUGGAGAGCGCUUGGGGGAUUGGCUUGCGUGCACGUCAGGAUGGAAAAGGCUUGGUGAGGAGGGAAGAGGUGGAGAGGUGUAUCAAGGAGGUAUUGGGUGGGGAAGAGUAUGAGAGGAAUGCUUCCAAGUGGAUGCAAAAAGCCAAAAGGGCAAUGCAGAAAGGAGGGAGCUCGGACAAGAAUAUUACUGAUUUUGUGGCCAAGUAUUUACCAAAUUCAAGAUCAUACGAAGAUGGUCAUUCUUGAUGGGUUGAUUUAAAGUCAAUGCCCGCAGAGUUGAAGUCUUUUCCAUAGAUUUUGGUAGUCUUGGACUUGAAGUUAAACCACAUUCCAAUGUUGCAUGACUUAAGAAGGAGGUUACUGUUUGGCAAACUGAUUGUUCGCGGUUGCUAAAAACUGUUCAAUUAAUACACUGAAGGUUUGCUAAUCGUGUAACUGCUGCAGACACGGACAUGAAAUGAGUCAGGAUCCUCCAGAAUGCAGCAGUCCGGAAGGAGGGACAACCAAGAGUGUCCGCAAGGUGGACUUCUCGUAGGAAACGAAGCAGAUGCAGAAAAGAAGCGGCCCACAAGUUAGUUAGAAGUCCAGAAUGCAAAGCCCAUCUUAGAGUCAAGACCCUGUGGGCGGGACCUGUUAGUAGGAUGCACGGCGGCGCUCUCCUUUCUUCUACCCCAAUAUCUAUCUUGUGGCUGACCACAAAUAAGUCUUACAACGUGCUCACUUAUCCACUCGUAUCAUCCGCGCUGGCCAUCGCCUCUCCAUCUAUUCCCCAUCCUCGAUUAGCACGACUUCGCGUCCUCCAUCUUCUGACCGCUUGCUGCUCCCCUCCGCGCUUCUCCCUUGCUCUCGCGCCCGCCGCCUUCUCGGCCUCGCUGCUCCCGCCGCUGUGCCGCACCAGGCGCCGCCGCGCGUCGAGGUACAGGGUGAGGGCGAGCCUCCACGGGCUGGACUCCGCCGGGGGUCUCCACGCGAUGCCCACGCACCGCCGCCGUCUCGCCCUCGCUGCUCCAGCCGCUGCGCGCUUCGGGUGCAGGGUGAGGGCGAACCUCUCCACGGGAUCCGUCGGGGCGCUCCUCCCGGGCGGCCGCCGCAGCCGUCUCAACCUCUGCCCCCGGCGCUGUAUCGCAUCGGGUGCCACCGGGCGUCGGGUUCCAGGGUGGGGGCGAGCCUCCACGGGCUGCACUCCGUCGAGGGCCUCCAGGCAGCGCUCGAGCGCGCGGAGGCGGCGCUCUGCACGCUCGCCGACGCAGAACAGUCGCGAAUCCUGAUAUUCAAAGGGCCAGAGGUAUGUCAGGCGGUGGUGGGCUAUCUAGUGAUUGUGAUGAGGAAGUGGCGACUAAUAUGGGGAUCAGCUACACAACGAAUAUUUGGAGGCGGCUGGAGGGGGAGUGUGCAGUUGUUUUGCGCCGCUAUAUGGCUCAUUGCUGCAAGACAUACUGGUGCGUUGCUUUCUUUACUGUUGAUGUAGAGAAGACUUGAUGGCCAGUUCGCGCUAGUAGUCUGGAGGUCACUGGUGCCCCGUUCUUCCUAUUAUUCACUUGGAGGAGGUCACUGUCAAUCUGUCAUAACCGGCUAGGGAAACGAGGACUCACUGCCCAACAUGAUGGAGGAAGGAGGAAGCAAAGAAAGAAGUCGAUGUUCUUCCUGGGAUCAGCUUUGUACUUCCAGGGAUGAUUUUCCUUCCGCAGCAGUUCCUUCCUUUUAAUUUUUAUAAUGGAUUUCGCUGGUUCUGUACAUUAGGAUACGGUGGUCUUGGACAUCAAUGUAGGCUUUGGUUCCC